AUGGGGGGAUGGCGCGAACAGGAGCGCUGCACUCGACUUUACAGCCGAUUAAGCCACAACGAAGGAACCAAGGCCUGGGUCCAGCAGCUCCCAGCAACGAUUCGACACAGUUGGACCGCGCUCUCGGACAAGUUCGCCAAAGAAUUUUGCCGAUCCACAGAGUCUCCAGUCGAACGGUACCUGCGACUGAAGCAAGACUCCCGCGAGACUCCGAGAACCUUUUUGUGGAGGCUGAACGCAGCCGCUGUCAAAGCUAACGUGGACUACCAGUCUCCUUCGGGAUGUCGGCGUCACUUGAAUCAGUUCCUGAAGAAUUUACGGGACCGUGAACUCCAGGUAAGCCUCCAGGGGCGUUUGUACUCGACGGUCGACGAGUUGGAGGAGACUCUGCGUCAAGUGGAAGAGAUGGAGCGUGGACUGUGCCGCCGACCCGCGAAUGAUGCCAUAAGCCGCCAGCGGUCAGCUCCGGGGCGGCCGCCCGCGGGACUUCCGGGGCCAAAGCUCCUGCUGCAUACCUGUCAGUUGCGCCCCAGACCGAUGACACGGCUCCGACCCGGCCGCUCCAGUGGGAUGACGACGUCGACAGCGACUACGGCUAUCAGUACGAUGACGAGGAUGACGAUGACGAGGUGCACUCGCUGA